AAGAUAGUCUUUCACAUGCUUUUUUUCUUUUUCAUCUUGAAGCUAUCGUACGGCUUUUAACACAAGUAACAACAAAUGAUAAUAAUAGAAAAAAUACGAUUAAUUCAAAAAAAAAUCAAAAGAAAAAGAUUAAUUUAAAUGAACACUUUAAAUUACCUUGGACACGAUUAUUAUCUGCAGUAAAGAGUAUGAUAAUUAUUGGGGUUGGAUCAAUCUUUAUUUUAGUACCUAGCUUAUCAAAAACAUUUGAAAAUGGACAAUUAAUUUUAAUUACUCUUUGCGUAACACAAGGUGAUACAGUUGGUGGAGCAUUUACAACGAUGAAAAUGAGACUUAUAGGCACAUUACUCGGUUCAAUAUGGGCAUACAUAACAUAUUUAUUAGCUCAUAAUGAUACAUAUAAAACUAUGAGCAUUUUAACUCCAUGGAUUUUUAUUUUUAGUUAUUUAAAAUUACUACCUAAUUGGGGCUAUACAGCUGCUGUAGCUACUUUUACACCAAUAGCAAUUAAUUUAGGUCGAUUACCAUAUGGAGAUGCAUUACCAGGUGGUAAUUAUGUUCUUCUUCGAAUUGAAGAAAGUUUUGUAGGCAUUACAAUAGCUGUUAUUCUUACUCUAUUUAUUUUUCCAACAUUUGCUAUUGAUUUAUUAAAAGAUAAUAUUCAAACUACUCUUAAAACAUGUCAACAAAGUAUUGUAUCAAUGCAUUCCAUUUAUGAUCAAUUAUUUCAUCAUGAUCAUUCUCAUGAAUCUCUUAUUCAACUUGACUUAGAAGAACAAAAAAAUGAAUCAUUUAUUAGUACACAAAGAAAUUCUUUUUACUCUUUAAUUAAUGUUCAACGAACUUUAGUUGAACAUGCAUCACUUGAACCAACAUUUUGGUGGAUGAAGAAUGCAUUCUCAACAAAACGUUAUAAUAUACUUGUUCAAAAACAAGUUUAUAUAUAUAAUAUGUUACAUAACAUCGAUGCAACAUUGAUAAGAAUAAAGGAAUAUUCUGAAAAUAUUGAACAUCUUCAAUUAAAUGUUGCUGGUGGUCAUCUUCUUCCUAAUCUUCAUCGAGAACUUUCAGAUUUAAGUCGACAAUUAAGUGAUUGUUUUCAUUUAUGGACAUCAUAUUUUAUAUUAACUCAAACAAGAUUUCAUCAGUUAUUUCGUCAAUGUAUUUAUUCUCAUAAUAAAUUAAUUUCAACUGAUCUUGCAAAACAUGAACAAUGCUUAAUUGAUUUAGAUCAAACAAUUCAUCGUUUACAUGUUCAACAUCAAAUAGGACUUAAUCGAUUAUUACAACAUUAUCUUAGUCGUUUAUCAGAAGAUGAAUCAGGUCAUUCAGUUAUACCUUAUACUAAUAGUAAUGAAGCUGAAUCUGUUUUUAUUGCUUAUUAUGCUUUAUAUUAUUCUACAACACAACUUACUCAAUGUGUUUUAACACUAGGUGAAACAGUUCAUACUAUUUUUGAACUUGAAACAACACAUCUUUAUCGACAUUUCUAA